CAAAAACAGCUGUUGUUGACAUAUAUUGAAACCAGAGAACGUAUAACAUAUAUUUCUUCUGUAACAAACUUUGAAUUCAUCAAUCUUGCGUUUUUCAGAAAAUAUAUCAUAAUUUGAACAUGUAUUGAAUAAGGUUAUUCGCUCAAAUAAAUAGUAAAAUGGAGUUUCGAAAUGAAGAAAAUGAUCAAAUUGUGAAGCUUAAAAACAGUGUACAUGAAAAGUUUGUUGAACUACGCGCAGCUCUAGAAAUGAGAGAGAAGCUCUUGCUGAGGCAAUUGGAAGUGGUUGCCUCAACAAAACAACACCUUUCUGAAUGUGGAGCUGAAAGCAACCUCACAAAAUCUACAUCAAGUGAAGAUGAUAUCAAAAUUUUGUUUGAAGACGAGGUUGAAUUAUUACGUACAAUUCGAUCCUUUGGUCGGUUUCAGUUAGGGUCUAUUGUGUUGGCCUUAAAGCAUGAGGACUAUAUAACUCCGAAUUGUGACCACGAAAUAAUGUACAAAAAUAUUCAAUCUGAUGAUAAGCAAAUCAACCAAUUACCUCAGCAAAAACAAACGUCCGAUUUUGUUGUAGUGGACUUGUCUAAGGACAAAUGUCUGUUUGAGAAUAAUGCAAAGCAUAUAAAUGAUUCUAUUGUUAAUAUUACACUUGAAGAAGCGAAGGAACUUAUAAGAAAAACACGUUUGAAAAAUAACACUAAAGUACCACCGUUGAAUUUAGAAGAAUUGGACGACGAGAUGGAGUCGUCUAUUGUUGAAGCCGUUUCCAAUUUAAGCCGAGAGUCUUACAACAACAAAUAUAAUCCAGGUACUAACAAAUCAUACAAUGAGCGAAAAGAAAGUUCUGCAAAGAGAACAAUGCUUGGUUGUUCUAAAUCGAACGUUACCAUUAACAAUUGCAAUGGUACUAUUAAUCUUCGUAAUAUAUCGAGUGUUACAAUAAAUUGUGGUAACGACAAUUGCGAACAUCUAGGGGAUAUAAAAAAAUACAGCAUGUCGUCGGGCUUAAAAGUCUCUAAUGCUACCGGGACCACAUAUGCGGGUGAUUAUAAAUCAGAAUCUUCCACCCCUACACCAAGCUCGGUUAAUUCAUGUUCAAAUCAUUCGAGUAACUCAAGUUCAAGAUCUCAUUCUAAAAAAGUACAAAAAGGCAAUUUUAGUUCAGAGAGCCACAGUAAGCCAGAUAAAGAAUCUAAAGGCACUUCCUGUUUUGAAACCGAACCAAACACCGGAUGUGAUAAUAUAAAUGCUGAAUCUAAAAAUAUAACUUGUGAUUUUUACAAUCGUCUUAUAAAUGAAAUCAAACGUAACUUAGAUGAAAAGUCGUCACUUGAUAUUGGCUCAUUAAAAAAAUCGGUGCCCUCAAAUGCAAGUAAUUUAGAAGUUGAGCAUUUAAAACCUAAUUUAGUGUUUAAAAAUUUUGAAAAUCUUAAUAUUGUAUUAAAAAAUGAUAGACAAGAAGAAGCUCUUCGUUCAGUCCAUAUAGAACAUUGGCUAUCAGAAAUUAUUAAAGAUACCGAUUUGGAGCCAAUGCAAAACACAGAAAUAUUAGAGCACAGCAAAUUAAAGGAUUGAACGGUUACCAACUAUUUCACCCGUAAUACUUUUUAAAUUCCAAACCUUUUUAAACAUUCAGAAGGUACUUAUAUAUAUAUAUAUAAUAUUAUUCAAAGCUUAAGUCCUUAAGAAAUCAUUCAUUCGUAAAAUGAAUAUUUUUCAGAUAUGUACAUAUGUUAAGUACUAUAAUCCAUACAACUAAUUUAAGGUAAUAAUGUACGUACUUAAUUUCAAUAAGUGUAAUUUUUAGUACAGUUUUGAAACAUUUUUACGCAUUUAAAUUCACAAAUAAAUUGUCUUCAUUGUAUUUUGAAUCGAA